AUGCUGUUUAAUUUUAGGUUCCUAUGCCGUGCUGGAAAUGCAAAGAAGAUCAACAUUCCUCUGCAGCAGUAUGUUCGGAGAUAUGGAUUUGGACAACCUACUGAAACUCCUGUUCAGUUGAAAGGUGGUGAUCUUCUGACUCUGCAAAAUUAUACAGCAGAUGAAAUCAAAUACUUGCUUUGGGUGGCAUCUGAUCUGAAAGAAAGAAUCAAACACAAACAGGAGUAUCUGCCUUUAUUACAAGGAAAAUCUUUAACAAUGAUUUUUGAAAAAAAAAGCACAAGGACGAGAUUAUCUACAGAGACAGGAUUUGCUGUCCUUGGAGGAUAUCCUAGUUUCCUCACAGCACACGAUAUUCACCUGGGCACUAAUGAAAGUAUCACCGACACAGCACGAGUACUAUCCAGCAUGGCAGAUGCAAUCCUGGCCCGAGUAUAUAAACAGACUGAUUUGGAACUAUUAGCUCAAGAGGCCUCAAUCCCAGUGAUAAAUGGACUGUCUGAUUCUGACCACCCGGUCCAGAUUUUAGCUGAUUAUCUUACACUUCAGGAACACUAUGGAUCUUUGAAGGGACUGACCUUGAGCUGGAUAGGUGAUGGAAAUAAUGUCCUGAAUUCCAUUAUGAUGAGUGCUUCCAAAUUUGGGAUGAAUCUGCAGGUUGCAACUCCAAAGGGUUUUGAGCCAGAUCCCACAAUAACCAAAAUAGCAGAAGAGUACUCCAUAAAGUAUGGCACCAAAUUGUUUCUCACAACGGACCCUUUGGAAGCUGCCUGUGGAGCCAAUGUUUUAAUCACAGACACAUGGAUAAGCAUGGGGCAAGAAGAAGAGAAACAAGAGAGGCUGAAGGCUUUCCAAGGUUAUCAAAUCACAAUGCAGACUGGGAAAGUGGCUUCUCCUGGCUGGACCUUUUUACAUUGCUUACCUAGAAAGCCACAAGAAGUGGAUGAUGAAGUGUUCUAUUCACCACAAUCACUGGUUUUUCAAGAGGCUGAAAACAGGAAAUGGACGAUUAUGGGUGUCAUGGUUUCCCUGCUGACAGAUUACUCACCACAGCUGCAGAGGCCUGUGUUUUGAUUUUUGGGGUUCUGCCAAGAGAAAAAAAUUCCUCUCUAGCAAAAUAUUCUGAUCCAUGAAAUCACCUUUCUGAAAAGCAUGAUCAAAGCAGUGACAAUGAUUUACAAGAAGUGUGAAGGUGCCUAUAAUGCCUAUAACAUGAGAAUAUUUUACUUCUGCAUUUGUUUAAACACUUAAGCCAUGCUGCUGCAUUUCUUUCUUUGAUUUGUGUUUUGCUCUACAUCCUGCAUAUUGAUUACUCCUCCAAACAAUUACAGUUUAAUAAAUGGCUCAGUAAGAAACACAAGUAGUGUUUCGCCAGUGCAGUAGUAGAAUUGAUCUCAUAAAUGUGUCCUGGAGUAAAAAUCACUGUGUUUUUGCAAAAGCUGUCAUAUUUCCUUGAAGGAGGAUAUAUAUCAGGGAGAGGAAGGACAUUUUUUUCCUAAGCAACCUGGACAUGUUCCAAAUCCUGUUGAAAUAAAU